CACUGGUCUCUGCACGCCGCACUAUGGAUUUCUGCUUUGGCAUCUCGACUACUGGGGAUAACUGCUGAAGCCCUGAGUUUGGGAACCUCUGGAUUUGACCUAAGAUGAACUCUGAUGUUAUGUUCAUGGGGAAUCAUUUCUCAGUGACUCAGGGGUUUCCUUAAGACUCUCAACUUGGAAAGGGACCCGUGAGACAAACAAAUCUAAGCAACCUAAGGUGCCUCAGCUCUCCGCUCUUGCUUUCUCGUAUCAGUAACGGCCUCCUGACCUAGCGACAGGACUGCUCUGCCUGAGACCAUGUACCCCAACCCUCUCGUCUACUGUACCUGCUGGGACCCCUGGAACGUGGGACCGCGGAAGCUAAUCAAGACUCCCAGGACACUCACGAAGACCUCCUCAGGGAAAUCCAAGCUAACUCCUCUGGCACCAACUUCAAAAGAACACAUUUACCUCCCACCCCAAACAACAAAACCUGCUGUUGCCCCAAAAGAGAAAGUGCAUUUGGGAAGGCAAGAGGAGAACAGUAAACUACCUUCUCGGAGCCAGGAAGUAAUCAACGUGUCACCUGGCUAUCAACUUGUUCGAAAUCGGGAGCAGAUUUCAGUCACCUUGGGAGAUGAGAUGUUCACUAAGCCAAAGCAGCUGGACUCUGACAUUCUGAGCAAAGACACAUUCUCCAGGACUGGUAUCAUUUCUGACCUCGAAGAGCAGAUCUCAGAGCUGACAGCAAUAAUAGAACAAAUGAACAGAGACCACCAGUCUGCCCAGAAAUUGCUCUCCAACCAGAUGGACCAGCGCUGUGCUGAGCUGAAACAGAGCUUUGAAGCGGUGAACAGGGAACUCAAGAAAGCUCACAAACUGGAGCUUGGGAAGCUAGAGAACAGCUACAAAGAAGCCUUGAAGGCUGAGAAGUCUGCUGUCCAGCAGAAACUAGAGGAGAUGGGGAAAGAAUACAAGUAUUUGAAGAAUAUGUUUCAUAUGUACCAGGACAGCAUUCACGAUGAAAUGGAAGACAAGUGGUCACGGCGGAAGGCGGAGUGGGAGAAGGAUGAGAAGUUGGAGCGGGAAAAGAUCUUGCUACGACAAAAAUAUAAGAUGACAAAAAAGUUUGAACAAGAGUCAGAAGAAGAAAAGAAGAAACUAAAUGAAUCCUACAGUGCUGUGUUUGAGAACUUUGUUCGAGAGAAGGAGGAGCUCAUGAAGCAACAUGAAAAUGACACCUUACAACUAAAGGAGUUGAAAAAGACCAAAGAGAUUCUGGAGGAAGAGUUGCAAGCACAAGCCACUAUUCUGGAGUCACUUAACACAAACCUCUACCACACCCAGAUGGAACUCCAGAAAGAGAAAACUAUGGUGGGUAAUUUGGAGAAAAUGUACCAGAGCAAGCUUGCUGAAGCUGAGGAAAAGUACAAGCACACCAUACAGAUCCUGACCGAAGAAAACAACAGCCUAAGGGAAAAAUUAGCUGCCAAGAAUGAAGAAACUCGUGGAGACAGUUCUGCCAGGCUGACCUCCGCCUGUGAGUCUGACAUUCAGGAGAGCAAGCAGCAUGAAUGAAGCGUAGUCCUCCGGAGCUGAAGAGCG